UUUCAGAGUGACCUCUUGGCCUCUGGCUUGGGUAGCCUCUCCGGUUGAAGACGCCACCUGGCGCAUUGUGCGCUUGGGGACUCUCCGGACAACCCUUGGCUCCAAAGGAAAGGCUGGAAGGGAUCCAAAGAUCAUCUAAUCCAACCCGCUGCCAGUGCUGGAAAUCCACAGUUGGGAGUGAUGCUCCGGCUUUAGUGUCCCGUCGGCCUCCAAAAUGAUGUCCGGAUUGCCGGAGGCCCUGAGCCGGCUCAGGGCGAAUUCUCUCCGCAGCUGCUUCAGCCUGGCCGGACCCUCGGAGUCCACCAUGGUGACCGUUCCCUUUGAGGUGGACGAAGUCCGGAUCCUGAAGGUUUGCUUCUACAGCAACAGCUUCAACAUGGGCAAGAACUUCAAGCUGGUGAAAUGCACCGUCUUGACGGAGAUCCGGGAGGUCAUCCAAUCCAUCUUGCAGAGCGGGCGGAUCGGCCCGGAUAUCCAGCUCUCCGAAUGCUACGCUUUACGCCUGAAGCAUGUGAAAUCGGAUGAGAUCCACUGGUUGCAUCCAGACAUGACGGUGGGCGAAGUCCAAGAGAAAUACGAAUGUUUACACAUUGAAGCCGAAUGGAGGUAUGACCUUCAGAUCCGUUACCUCCCCGAAGACUACAUGGAACGUUUCCUCGAGGACCGGACGACGCUUCUGUACUUCUACCAACAGCUCCGGACGGAGUACAUGCAGCGUUAUGCCAGCAAAGUGAGUGAGGGGAUGGCUCUCCAGCUAGGUUGCCUGGAGCUCAGGAGGUUCUACAAGGACAUGCCCCAGAACGCUCUCGACAAGAAGUCCAACUUCGAAUUCCUGGAGAAGGAAGUUGGACUGGAUCUAUUCUUCCCCAAACAAAUGCAGGAGAAUUUGAAGCCCAAACAGUUCCGGAAAAUGAUCCAGCAGACCUUCCAGCAGUACGCGGCCCUUCGUGAGGAGGAAUGCAUUAUGAAGUUCCUGGCCACUCUUUCGACCUUCGCUGACAUUGACCAGGAAAACUACCGCUGCGAGUUGAUUCAAGGAUGGAAUAUCACUGUGGACCUGGUGAUCGGCCCUAAGGGAAUCCGGCAGAUGACCAGUAAAGAAUCCAAGCCCACCUGCCUGGCCGAAUUCAAGCAGAUCCGAUCUAUCAAGUGUACAGCUGCAGAGGAAGGGAGAGCCCUGUUACAGCUCAACCUCACCAGCAACCCUCAGUCCCUGACCAUCAAAACCUCCUCCCUGGCGGAGGCAGAGAACAUGGCUGACCUAAUCGAUGGCUAUUGCCGGUUGCAAGGAGGGUUGGAUGGCUCUCUCAUUGUCCAUCCCAACAGAGAGAACGAGAAGCGAGUCAGCCUGCCACAAGUCCCAGUCCAGCACAUAGAAGAGCGGCGGUCCACCUUGAAGGAAAGCUUUAGUGGAGAUUCUGAUAUUUAUGCUGAGAUUCCAGAUGAAGCAUCCAGGCCCAAAUCUGGUGCUCAGCAGUAUGUAAUCUCUCGGGAAGACGUCAUCCUGGGCCGGAUCCUGGGUGAAGGCUUCUUUGGGGAGGUCUGUGAAGGUGUUUAUACCAAUGAGAAUGGGGAACGGAUCAACGUUGCUGUGAAGACCUGCAAGAAGGACUGCACCGUGGAGAACAAGGAGAAGUUCAUGAGCGAAGCACUGUUGAUGAAGAAAAUGGACCAUCCCCACAUUGUCAAGCUCAUCGGAAUAACGGAAGAGGAGCCCACCUGGAUUGUCAUGGAACUCUAUCCAUAUGGCGAGCUGGGACACUACCUUGAGCAGAACAAGGCCACCUUGAAAGUGCUGACCCUGGUCCUGUACACUUUGCAGAUUGGCAAGGCCAUGGCUUACCUGGAGGCAAUCAACUGUGUGCACAGGGAUAUCGCAGUCCGGAAUGUUCUGGUGGCAACUCCCGACUGUGUUAAACUGGGGGAUUUUGGCCUCUCCAGAUACAUUGAAGAUGAUGAGUAUUACAAAGCAUCGGUGACUCGCCUGCCCAUCAAGUGGAUGGCUCCAGAGUCAAUCAACUUCCGCCGCUUCACCUCAGCCAGUGAUGUCUGGAUGUUUGCCGUUUGCAUGUGGGAAAUCCUUAGCUACGGCAAGCAGCCCUUUUUCUGGCUGGAGAACAAAGAUGUGAUUGGGGUGUUGGAGAAAGGGGACCGCCUGCCCAAACCGGACGCCUGCCCACCCCUUCUCUAUGCCCUGAUGACCCGCUGCUGGGAUUACGACCCGAAUGACCGGCCCAAAUUCAAAGAAUUGGUCUGUAGCCUAAGUGACAUUUACCAGAUGGAGAAAGAGAUGGCACGGGAACAAGAGAGGAACAACCGCCACCGUCCUCCCAAAAUCAUGGAGCCCACCUCUUUCCAAGAGCCACCUCCAAAGCCUAGCAGACCGAAGUACAAGCCACCCCCUCAGACCAAUCUCCUGGCCCCCAAGCUACAGUUCCAGGUGCCCGAGGGUCUGUGUGCCAGUUCGCCAACGCUCACCAGCCCCAUCGAGUACCCAUCUCCCGCCAACUCUCUGCACACCCCGCCACUCAACAGGCACAAUGUUUUCAAGCGCCACAGCAUGAGGGAGGAGGACUUUCUGCGACCCAGCAGCCGGGAGGAGGCUCAGAAACUGUGGGAGAUGGAACGGGCCAAGAUGAAGCAGCUACUCGACAAGCAGCAGAGGCAAAUGGUGGAGGAUUAUCAGUGGCUACGUCAGGAGGAGAGAGCUUUGGACCCCAUGGCCUCCAUGAACAGCAACUCCUGCCCCCCAAAACUCCCUGAGAAGGAGACAGGCUACAAUGGCUUAGCCGAGUUUACAGGCCCACCCAAGAAGCCACCCAGAUUUGUCCCUCAGAUGUCGCUUCAGCCAAAUCCCACGGCCAACCUGGACCGGACAGAUGAUGCCGUCUACAGUAACGUCAUGGACCUGGUGAAGGCCGUUCUGAAGCUGAAGAACGAAGUCAGCAACCAUCCACCCGAGCGCUACAUCCUGGCUGUUAAGGAUGUGGGUCUUUCUCUGCGGAAACUUGUGGGGAGCGUGGAUGACAUCCUUCCGGCUCUGCCUUCAUCUUCACGCACCGAGAUUGAGGGUACAGAGAAGCUGCUCAACAAGGACCUUGCAGAGUUGAUCAACAAGAUGCGCCUGGCCCAGCAGAACGCCAUGACCUCUCUGAGCGAAGAGUGCAAGCGCCAGAUGCUGACGGCUUCCCACACGCUGGCUGUGGAUGCCAAGAACCUCCUGGAUGCUGUUGACCAAGCCAAGAUACGAGCCAACCUGGUGAAGGUCUCUUUCGAAUGACGAGAGAGAGUAUUGGCUCCAUCCUUCCUCCCGUGCUUUUAAAAAGAAACAUCUCCCUCCAGCUUCCAUAUUGUGUUUCCCCCAUCCCACCCUUCCACAAAAUGCUCGUGUCUUUGAUGUUGUCACGUCUGUCUUCUUAGAGCAAAGGAAGGGAACACCAAAGAGAAGAGGACGUAGCUCAGGUCAUGGAAGGGACACAAGCGUUCCUGGGCUUUGGAGGUGCUGCUGUCUACAAGGCACACAACAGUGUGUGUACAUAGCAGUCCUAGGAUGGGAAGAAACUUCAAAUUCGCCCACGGACUCUGAGGCCAACAACCUGUUAGUGACAUAGACAGGUGUAAACUGCACUAAAUGCACAGAGUGAUUUUUGUUUGGACAACGCGCAGUGGCCAUAUCCUGCUGACAGUGGUGCAAGUGGAGUUGCACAUGUGGGACCAUACUACCUGAAAGUACACAGAGUAGCAUGCGAAUGUGCAUUGCAUCUAUGCAUCAUUUUGCAUUGCCGUUGCACAUUGGAUUUUUAGCCAUGCCCAUUUGCCAUUGAUCCACUACAUUAAGGUUUAUGGAUGUGGGUUGUGUAACGUAGCUCCACCGGUGGAUGUUUACCCUAUGCUAAAAGACAGGAACUCAGACUGAGCCUGAGGCAGUCAUCCCAUCAAAAGAAGUGGUUUCCUUCCUUGACCCAUCCUGCUUCCUUCAUCUGUUCUUCCAGCAUCAAGACCUGUACUUUAUCUCAAUGAUGAAAGAGAUUUAUGGGGUGGCUGGCUGGAUUGGUUUGUGGACAUCUACCACCACCAUUACUGCUUUCACGAUAGAGCAGAGAAUGACUGGGUGAAUUGCUCCAAGGUUACUCCAUGGAUUAAUCUAUAAGUGCUCAGUAGGUUGCUCCAUACUUGCUCCAAGGAUUGCUCCAUGAUUACUCUGGGAAUUGCGCCAUAAUUGCUUUGAAGAUUGCUCUAUGGAUUGCUCCAGAGUUGCUGCAGGAAUUGCUCCAGAAACUCUCUGGAGAUUGCUCUAUGGGUUGCUCCAGGGACUGCUCCAUGAAUGUUCUGGGGAUUGCUUCAUGAAUGGUCCAUAACCUCCAGAAAUUGCUCCACAAUUGUUCUGGAGAUUGCUAUAUAGAUGACUCCAGAAUUGCUCCAGGAAUUGCUCCAGAGAUUGUUCCAUGUUUGCUCUUGGGAUGCACAUAAAGGCCUGGCACUGGGAGAAUGUUUGCUAGGCCAUUUCUGUGCCACUGGGAUCUGGAGACCUUCUCAUGGGGACGCUGGCUAGUCAGAAAAGAAACUGUUUGUGUAUUCUUUAUAAAUUAUAUAGAAGCAUUUAUUUAAUUGCCGUGUCUGAACUGUGUGUGCAGUUCUCACAAAUCCUUACUUCUCCCCACCUAGGGUUCCCAUAUCCUGGUUUUAGCUGGGACAAUCCUGGGUUUGGGGCCCUGGGAUUGUCCCAGCUUGGUUUUGGCUUUUUGUCCCGGACCACAGGCGUUCAUGCGCCUCCGCCGCUCGCCACAGGCCCGCAGCUGCUCCUUCUCUAGGCUUGGCCACAGGAGGAGCUGCAGCCUCUCCACCUGCCCACAAGGGGCAGUGGCCCAGAGGAGGAGGAGCUCCAGCUAGGCCUGGGCUGCACAGGGCUGUGGGGCGUCAGGGAAGGUUGGGGUCUCCCACCGCCAUUUGCUGCCCUUUUGGCACGGCGGCUGCGGAGGUGAGAGGCCUUCUAGGCUUCUCUGCUGCUUCAGGGCAGGGGCUUGGGACCGCCACUUGGUGCACUUUUGACGCAACAGUGGUGGUGGAGGAAUCCUUUUGGGAGGGUGGUUGGGGCCUCCGCCACUGCUUGCUGUGCUUUUGACGUGGCAGUGGUGGCAGAGAAGGAAAGAAAGAGGCCUUUUACGGCUCUCCCAUUGGGGGGAGAUUGGAGCCUCUGCGCAGCCACUUGCUGUGCUUUUGGUGCGGCAGUGGUGGUGGCGAAGGAGAGAGAGAGGCCUUUUAGGCCUCUCUCUAUUGGGGGGUUGGGGCCUCCACUGCCAUUUGCCGCGCUUUUGGUGCGGCAGCAUCAGAGGCGAGAGGCCUUCUAGGCCUCUCCACUGCUUCGGGGGGAGGAGGUCUGGACUGGGGGAAGGUUGGGACUAUCUGGGCCCUUCUUAUAUCUCCUCGUCUUCUUUUUCUUUUCCUCUUCUUCUUUCUCCUCAUCCUCAUUUUCUUCCCCUCUUCCUCCUCUUCUUCUUCCUCUUCCUCCUCCUCCUCCUCUUCUUAUUUUUUCUC